AUGGCGGGAAGUGAACCGAUGAACCAGAGAAAGGUCACGGGGGAGGAAAAGCCCACAGAAAGAGGAGCGGAACCGGAUAAAAAUGUGAACCUGGCUCAGUUGGCAGCUAACAAGACAAAGGUCACCGAAGAGGAACUUGCUGAAUUGGGAUUGGAUGACCUUUCAUUGAAUGACAAGACUGUGGACGAUGACCUUUGGGCUACUCCAAUGGUGUCAGAUGAAUCAAAUGAAUCAUACUUCACGGACGAUGAAACGACCAUGUCAUUCCAAUCCGCAAUGAGACAAGCUGACCGUGCUGAAGGGAUGACACCUUUCAAAGAGAUACCAGAGUACCUUAUCGAACGGACGCAAACUGGAAAGGUCAUUAACGUACGACCUCCGUCACCUAACAGUCCCACGUCAACUCUGAAGAGACGCGUGAAGGAGUUGGAAGAAGAGCUCGAAGCCAAGGAAGGCCAGGAGAUGAAGAAGAAACAGGAAUAUCAAAACCGGAUAGGAUCUCUGGACGCUCGCAUUUACGAAUUGGAGCAACAACAGGCUGACUUGGAAAGUGCAGCGGACGGAUGGAAGAUUAAAUACGAACGUCAAAAGGAACUGGCCGAAGAGUAUUUGAAAAUGGUAGAUGACAGAGAAAUGGAAGGUCAUCUUGCAGUCAGUGACCUUAAUGAAAGUAUGUCAGAGGAAUCAGCAGAAAGGUCACGGCACUUAGCCGAAUUGAAGGACGAGUGUGACCAGUUGCGUCAAAAGGUCACUGAAGCUGAAACUAAACGGGACGAGUACGCGACCAAAUUCGCAGAGGUCACACAACGGUUGACAACAUUGGCAACGGAUACGUUCAAAAUAAGUAAUGCCCUGAAGCUACGGGAGAAGGCUGUCAGUACUCUGCAACUCGAAUCGAAAGGUCAUCAGGAACGGGCGGACGAAGCUGAGAAGUUGCGCAAUGAUGCGAUCAAGGCGAUGCGAGAGAAGGAAGCACGGCGACUGGACACAAUGGUCACAACAUUGGAGCUGAAGGACAAAGAAUGGCAACAACAGGUAGCUCAAAAGAACCAAGAAGUCACAAAGCUGAAUACUGAACUGCUCGAGAUGACAACUACAGCACUGGCAAAAGACGAUGAGUUGAUUGCAACCAAGAAUCAGCUGAAAGCAGCAGCUGAGGAAUACAUGACAUUGGAAAGAGAUGUGACCCAGUUGGCGGAACACAUCAGGAAAGUGGAAAAUGAUACUGAAAAGGUCAUUCAAGACAGAACGCUUCAACUGCAUCAGCAGAUGUCGAAGGUCAACCAAGAGAACCAGAACCUGAAGAAUGAGAAAAAACAAUCCGAUUUAAGGAUUAAGCGCCUCGAAGAUGAGAAUAAAGCUCUUCAAAUGUCCAACAAACAUAAAGAUGAACAACUCUUACAACACGGAGUCAGAACAGCAACGGUGGAAUCGCCCCCGCCUAGUUACAGCAAGACGCAUGAAACGGGCACGG